AUUGUCGGAACAAUUUAUGGGAGAAUUUGUGUCUUAUCUGUCCAUUCACCAAACGGAUAUCAGUUCCUUGACACGUUGGACACCCUGUUACUAGACGGAGGCUGUAAACAGAGAUCUUACCCUAGAGAGACUCUGUGGAACAUGUUUUGUUCCAAACUCUCGAAGUUGAUUAGUAGAAAUAUUUUGCCUCCUAUCCAAUCAGUGUCAUGGAUAACUCAGGCUGCCAAUCAAGGCACAUCUUCCAAUGAAUUCGACUUGGUCAUCGUCGGAGGCGGGAUCGUGGGCCUGGCCACGGCUCAAGAGUUAAUUUUUCGAUAUCCAGAGCUCAAAAUGGCGUUAUUGGAGAAAGAACCCGAGUUGAGCACCCAUCAGACUGGUCAUAAUUCGGGAGUGAUCCAUGCCGGCCUGUACUAUAAACCUGGGUCUUUAAUGGCCCAACUUUGUGUGGAGGGCCUUCACUCGACCUACAAGUACUGUGAUAAACACGACAUUCCUUAUAAGAAAUGCGGCAAGUUGGUGGUGGCAAAAGAUACUUCAGAAAUAUCCAGACUUGAAGAUCUGUUCGAACGCGGAAAUGCUAAUCAGGUACCGGAACUUCAAAUGCUUUAUGGACUGGACGGAAUCCAACAAGUGGAGCCACAUUGUCGCGGGGUUCAAGCUAUCUGGUCCCCUCACACCGGGAUCGUUAAUUGGGAACAAGUAGCCAGACAGUACGGAAAGGUCUUUGAAGAGCGAGGAGGCCAUAUUAAAUUGAAUUACGAGGUUUGCAAUUUCGAACCCGGUUCGGAUCCAAUCCGUCCGAUUGAGAUUGUGGAUAAGGCCGGUGGACAAUCGAUCAAGGCCUCAUAUGUCUUGACAUGUGCUGGCUUGCAAUCGGAUCGCGUGGCCACCAUGUCCGGUUGUGCCAGUGAUCCCAAGAUUGUCCCGUUUCGGGGCGAGUAUCUCCUUUUGAGCCCCGAAAAGGCCAAGUUGAUCAAGGGAAAUAUCUACCCUGUGCCUGAUCCUCGAUUCCCAUUCCUGGGGGUUCAUUUCACGCCACGAAUGAACGGAGAGAUGUGGUUGGGCCCCAAUGCCGUCCCGGCCUUUAAAAGAGAGGGAUACAAAUGGACAGAUGUCAGUUUGAGGGACAUGACCGAAAUCCUUGCUUAUCCCGGGUUUCUAUUGCUUGCUAAGAAGUACGUUUCUUUUGGGGCAGGAGAGAUGAUUCGAUCUCUUUUCCCAGCUCUCACAGUCAAACACUUUCAAGAAUACAUCCCAUCCAUCGUGGCGGAUGACAUUUCCCACGGACCUGCCGGAGUUCGAGCCCAGGCAAUGAACACCAGGGGGGAUCUCAUUGGAGAUUUUAUAUUUGAUUCACCACCCAAGGAAUCGCCAUUAUCAUCCAGAAUUUUGCAUUGCCGGAACGCCCCAUCCCCUGGGGCUACUUCCUCCCUUGCCAUUGCCCGCAUGAUGGCCCAAAAAAUCCAAGGACAGUUUGGGCUCCCCGCUAGAGAUAUGGCUAAACUCUAUUAAUAUCUCACAUGAUGCCACAAUAUACCUAUCAAUUUGAAAUUGAAA